AUGCAGCUCAGCAAGAUCUUCCAGACCAUUGCGCUCCUCGGAGCCUCUGUCCCCGCCCUGGCGUGGAACAGAAUUGACAAGGACAACGCGGCCCUGCUCGUCAUUGAUCACCAGGUCGGCCUCGCCCAGCUGGUGCGUGACUACGGCACCAAUGACUUCCGCAACAACAUGCUGGCCCACGCCGCCGUCGGCAACGUCUUUGACCUCCCCACCGUCCUGACCACCUCCUCCGACACUGGUCCCAACGGUCUUCUGCUCAAGGAGAUCCGGGAUAUGCACCCCAACGCCACCCUGGUUCAGCGCCAGGGUGAGGUCAACGCCUGGGACAACGAGGAGUUCCGUGCUGCCGUCCGGGCCACGGGCAAGAAGCAGCUGAUCAUCGGUGGUAUCGUCACUGAAGUUUGCACUGCAUUCCUUGCUCUUUCCCUCAUCGACGAGGGUUACGAGGUCUUCGCCAACACCGAGGCCAGCGGUACUUUCGAUCCCCGCCUGGCUGAGGAUGCCAACCGCCGUAUGGAGAAGGCCGGUGUCACUCUGAUGGGUCUCUUCGGCAUCGUUACCGAUCUGAUGAGGGAUUGGAGAAAUACCCCCGGCUUGACCGAGGUGCUUCCUAUGCUUGACAAGUACCAAUUCGCUUACGGCCUGGUUGCCCGCCACCAUGCUGGUGCUAUUGAGAAUGGAACUCUGGCUCCCGUCGAGUCGACCUUGAUCUAA